AUGCAGGUCUUCCCACUUACAAACUCACACACGCAACCUGAUCAAACAUCAUGUGGCAACUCAACAGCUCGCACCGAGGAACUUCAAGAGCAAAUUGCCUUUAAAAGAAUAAACGAUUUUAGAACAUCUCCUUCCUCUCGGAGCUCUGCACUGAAUCUGGGGAACAGGGCGCUGCUGCAGCGCAACCCCGAAGCACAGCGAGGUCGAUGCGUGUGUGCGAGCGCCUUGCCGCUUUGA